CCGCAGCCGGCUGCAGGUGACGGGCGAUUUUACGCAGCAAUCCUCCACAACCAGGCGGGGCUGCGCUCAUACUCAUCAGGCCUUCAAAACUACUAUUUGGGGUUAUUUUUUACGCGAAGAGGUUUGGGAUCAUUAGGAAGGAAAUAAAAGAUCUUUUGGAUUUGGAAGACCACGACAGGAUUUCACUGAGUGCGCCUUCUGGGGAUAAAUCCAUCACAGGAGGGAAAGUCGCGCUCUAAUCCGUUUAAAAGGGAGCGGGGGAAAGCCGAUGCCUGAUUUUCCCUGAUUAUUAAUCGCUGCUGCAGGUCUUCGGCAUGGCGUGGCCCUGCAUCACCCGCGCCUGCUGCAUCAACCGCUUCUGGAGCGAGCUGGACAAGGCGGACAUCGCCGUACCGCUCGUCUUUACUAAGUACUCAGACGUGGCCGAGGUGCGGCACCUCCAUCCGCAACCGGGCCCGUUAGCGCAAUCCCAUCAUCAUCCCAGCGCGGUCGCCAUAGAAACAGAGCCCGCCCACACCGCGCCACAAGAGUCGGCUGCAGCAGCAUCCUCUUCGGCGGGGCGCGGAGCGUCCGUCACGCGCCAGGACUUCAAAGCCUGGAGAGUCAAACCGGAGCCGAGCUGCAAACCCAAAAACGAGUACCGCCCGUGCCAGACACCGUUCGAUAACGAGACGCAAUACCGGAAAGAUUACAAACCGUGGCCUAUUCAGAAACGCGGCGAUCACCCGUGGAUCCCCAAAGUGGAGAGCAAGAGCCAGAAGCAGGAGCACGUGGCCGCAGAACCGGACACAGGCGUGGAGAAGUGCGAGAUCGAGGAGAGAGUAAAAGAGAAGGAAGAUGCCAAGGAGGAGAAGAAGAGACCGGUGAAGAAAGAGGAGGAUGCUGAGACUGGGGAGAAGAAGAAAGAGCAGAGAGCGGGGUCCAAAGGAAGAUCAGCUGCAGAUGCUCUGAACAGGCAGAUCAAGCAGGAGAGAACCACCGGAAGCUCAUACAGGAUGGAGUUCAAGGCGUACACUGAUGUCAAGCCGGUCAAACCGAUCAAAGCAAAGUCACAGUACAAACUGGCAAUGGAGGACAAAGCUAAUCUGGAGACGAGCUACAGCGCCACUUAUAAAGGAGAGCAGGGAAAACCAGAGGCUGCAGAUAACAAACUGCUGGAGCGCCGCAGGAUACGCAGCCUGUACAAUGAGCCCAGCAUUAAAGAAUCAAGCAAGUCAGAGAAGCCCAUUGUGUCCCACUCCAAACCCAAAAAGACGACAAGCCAUAGUAAAACAGCGAGCAAAGCUAAAGCAAGGCCGAGCACUGGAACCCAACCUGUCAAGAAGAAAAGCUCUGUGAACAAGCUGGAGUUAAAGCCAGAUGGAGGAGUCACCAAGAAAAGUAAAGAAAUGAUUAACAGACUGGCUGAGGGAAAAAAAUAAAUGCAAUUCUGCGUGGAUUUGGGUGAAAGGAGUCUGCGCUCUGCUGCUAGAAGACUCACUUUGAUUGAAGCCCAAUUUCAGUCUUUUAGGCUUUCACGUAUGGAUGGUGGAUUUGGAUUUGACAGCUUGCUUUGCCUUGAAUCACUGCAUAACUCACACACCAAUCUUUUUACACACGCCUUAAGCUUUACUGCAUGAAACUUGCCCCUACCCUACAUGUUUGAUUAGAAAUGUACUAUUAGAAAUUUCUAGCUAUUGUCAUUGGGCUUUAAUCACAAACACUACAUACCCCAAUCACAAAUAAUAUGAACUGAUUAGAGGUAUCCAUUAAACUGCACAUAUAUCUGGCUCCUAGCAUCCCACUAACUAGUAAUAAAAAUGGAAUUUUCAAAUGGCGACAUUAACAAACACUAACACCAAUGAGCCAGAUUUAUAGUAGCUUUUAGCACAUGAUUAAAUGAUUAGUGCAUGAACUUCCAGCCAUAAUUCAUUGUCCAGUGCACUGCUUUUACAUCGCGUCGUCAAAUCCGCUGCUGAAACAUUAAGAUCAGGCCCACAGACUUUCAGAAUACACAUGAAAACAAAAUAAAUGAGUGUUGAAAUAAAAUACAUAAGCUACUGUUUUCGGUCUGGAGUAUGAGUCUCACCCAGCCUCGCUGUGUUUUUUUUUUUUGUGUGUGUGUGUGUUCUUGUAGCGUCGAAUUCCUUCAUCAUGAAUUUUUCAAAAGUGUCAAGAUGAUCAGCUGUGUGUUAUGCUACGUAAUGAGACACUCUUUUAGGAUUAAAGUUUCCUGCUAUAGUUAGUUAAAGCUGUGUGGAAGAAUGCUGCUUAACCGCACUACUGUUUGGUCUUUUUAAGGAUGUACGAAGCUGAUGAUUUCUGUUAAAAUUGUUGGAAUGUCUCUUACAGGUGGACGCAUGGCUUCUGUAUGAGUCCUCAUUUUUGAUAAGCAUUGUUUUGUCAUUAUCAAACCCAGCCAUGUAAGUCACACGAUGGGAGAACCUGCAGACUUCUUGGUACAUCCUUCUUUCUGGACCGUCCUUUAAACAUGCUGUGUACACUUCACUGGGUGCUAUCUCCAAGCUAUGCUGUCCAUUCGAGAAUACUGGUGCCUGAACACACCACCUGAUGCCACUGCAACUGCAAUGUGUUUGUAUGUGUGAUGUUCUUGUGGUGUUCGCUUGCCUUGAAUAAAAUCACCUAAAGCAG